UCCCCCUGCACUUGUCAGAUGCAGAUGGGACUGGCAAAGUUUGUUUGAAUAAAAAAAAAAAAAAGGCUAAAAAAAAAAAAAAAAGGGGGAAGAGCAGGAGGAGGGGGGAGGAAAAAAAAAAGAUCCUAGAAAUCCAAAAAGGCUCAUCUGGGAAGGAGAGAGAGGAGACCGAGAGGAAGCGGGAUGCAACUCAACCUGACGCUGAUCUGCUUCGUCUUCGGGGGGUUCCUGCCCGACGCCGCGGCCCGGCGGGAGCAGAUGGACACGGGGCAGUGCGACCUGCCCCGCUCGCAAGGAGAGCUCAACUCCUUCCUCUGGACCAUUCGCCGUGACCCCCCCGCUUAUCUCUUCGGCACCAUCCACGUGCCCUACACGCGAGUUUGGGACUUCAUCCCUGACAACUCCAAGGCCGCCUUCCACGCCAGCUCCAGCGUCUACUUCGAGCUGGACCUCACGGACCCUUACACCAUCUCGGGGCUGGCCAGCUGCCAGAUGCUGCCCCACGGGGAGAACCUGCAGGACGUGCUGCCCCGGGAGCUGUACCGCCGCCUCAAACGCCACCUGGACUACAUCAAGCUGAUGCUGCCCCACUGGAUGACCCCGGACCAGCGGGGCAAAGGGCUCUACGCCGACUACCUCUUCAACGCCAUCGCCGGGAACUGGGAGCGCAAGAGGCCCGUCUGGGUGAUGCUCAUGGUGAACUCCUUGACGGAGACGGACAUCCGCUCCAGAGGGGUGCCGGUGCUCGAUCUCUACCUCGCCCAGGAGGCCGAGAGGAUGAAGAAGAAGACGGGUGCGGUGGAGCGGGUGGAGGAGCAGUGUCACCCGCUGAACGGGCUCAACUUCUCCCAGGUGCUGUUUGCUCUAAACCAGACUCUGCUCCAACACGAAAGCCUUCGAGCAGGGAGUUUGCAGGCCCCUUACACCACUGAGGAUCUCAUCAAGCACUACAACUGUGGAGACCUGAAUGCUGUGAUAUUCAACCAUGACACUUCUCAGGUGCCAAACUUCAUCAACACAACACUCCCACCCCACGAGCAGGUGACAGCUCAGGAGAUAGACAGCUACUUCAGACAGGAGCUGAUCUACAAGAGGAAUGAGAGGAUGGGGAGAAGAGUGAUGUCACUUCUAAGGGAGAACAGAGACAAGAGCUUCUUCUUUGCCUUUGGAGCAGGUCACUUCCUGGGUAACAACACUGUGAUUGAUGUACUGAGACAAGCAGGAUUUGAAGUGGAGCACACCCCUCCUGGACAACCAAUUGGAAAUUCAAGGACAACAAAGACAAGCCCAGCCUUGGAGGGACUCUCAGUGACAGCCCUGCCCCCUGUCCAGCUUUCUGAGCAGGUCCCGCUGGCAUCUCCUUCCCUGAAGCCGCAGCAGAUGGACGAAGAGGACAGCCUGUCUCCUCACCUCUUGUUGCCUGACAGCAUCAGCCAGCUGGAGGAGUUUGGCAGGCAGAAGAAAUGGCACAAGAAGCAGCACAAACACCAUCGCCAGAGGCAGUUCAAUGACCUCUGGGUUCGGAUAGAAGACAGCACCACCACGUUGCCUUCCUAUAUCAGGAUAACCAACGGCUACAUCACAGUCAAGCCUCCCAUCUGGAUUUCCAACCAGCUGGAUCAGAGGCCGCGUCCCGACCGUCCAUCCCAGCCCACGAGCUCAGCCCCAGCCAGCCUUCCAUGGCCAUCAGUAACAUUUGCUCUCUGCAUGGCCAUAGCUUCUUUUCUCCUGAGCCUACUGCAGCCCUCCUGACCACAUUAUAUUACAUGCAAUCCCUUGGAAUAGAGAGAUAAUUUAUGAACAAAUUGGAGUUUAAGACAACAGUUACAAGCUGGACCUUCUCAGUGACUCAGUAGUGCCUUCUAGCUGAUUUUGUCUCUUUGCCCAGAUACAUUUUGAAACUCUACAGCUUUAUUGUAACACUGACUUACAUCUUCUUUUUGUAGAAGGAUCUUUAUUUCCCAUAGUGCUAUGGGGUUUUGUAAAAUAUACAUGUUCAUAUAAAGAAAAAAAAAGAAAAAGAAAAAUGUAUUUAUUCAACUGGUAAACUUAUUUUUCUUGUUGUAUAUGUUAAUAACAUCCCUAUUAAUCAGUAGCGAUGGUGAAACAGAUAAAUUAAUAUUUUCUAUAUUUGUUUUCUGACAACUCUGCAAAUGUCUGAACUGACACCAAAUGAAUGCUUUCUUUGUUUCUUUAACCAAUACAUUUUACAGCAACUGUCCAAUAAUACAUUUCUGCUGAACUACUUUAUUUUACUUCUUUUAUCACAUUAGCAUAUCUUACACUGAAUAAAGCAGAUCCUGCUCUCUGGGGCCUGUACCCUUUAGAAAAAUAAGUGCAUUCUUAACUCAUUAGCUGCCACAAUCUAAAAUACCAGUUAUUUUUACAUGACUUAGUAAGUCAUUAUUCAGGAUAAUCCUCUACAUUCCCCCUGUUUUCUUUAACUAAACUAUUUAACUUCUUUGGAAAUUACCAGUUUCCCCCUUUUCCCUGAAAUUAAUUCACCAGCUAACGCAUAUUAAGACACCCUUUUCUUAAUAAAAAAAUUGCUUUUAAAGUCUGGAAUAAUCCUACUUGGAAUUAUUUUCUUCUCUCCCUCAUUUUAUGUAAGUAUAAGCCUACAACCUUUUCAGGCAUAAAUGAGAAGAGAGCUUGGUUUGUCUACAGAUUAUAAAGAUGUAGUGUCCUGUUAAUCUAUAGAACUCCUUUGUACUAGUUUUAAUAAUGCCCAUGGACAACCUGAAGGCAAAAAAACAUCUACAAAUUCCUCUUUCUCUUGCUGCCACGAGCUGAUAGAGCUGAUAUCUCUGUGCUGAAAUAAUUAUGUCCUGUCCAAAAUCUGCUCAACACCACAGGAAUUAAACUAACCCCCAUCUUAUGGAGACAUGCAGAACAUUCUUCCAUUUUUAAACUGUGGAAGUUCAAACAGUUUAAACCUGACUUAGAUGGAAAAGUGCUUCUUCAGUUUAGAAAAAAAGUUAAUGAUGAUAAUUACAACAAUGUCACUGGUAAAAUUCUGGCUGAAAACAACCCUGUAAGUUUCCCAGCAGCCCUACAGCCUGGUCUCUGGAGCUGCAGAUGAUUCCAUGCAAUCUGCAAGACUCUGCAGUGAGAGAGAGUUCAGAAUUCACAGUUUGCUUAUUGUCAUACCAGUUAUUUCAUGAAAGUAAGUUGGAAAGUAACUAGACUACAAAAAUCACAGGAUUUCAUGAUGAAAUACUGAGCAUUUCCAUCAUGCAUCCCAGCCCAUUGUCUUGCAAAGGCCAGGGACAAUACAGGUAAUUUCUUUUUAACUUACUGGACACCAUGAUCCCCAGUCUUUCCUCUGUGCUAUUACCCACUUAAAUUGACCAGAAACCUGCACAACCUGCUGUCAAAAACAGAGUGCUAUAAGCUUCCCCCAACAGUUGAUAAGGCUGAAUGGAAAACUUUGAGCUUUGCCCCAAAUGUGAGAUUCAAACAGACCCCGUGCAUACUUUCAUAUUGUGUAUUUUGGCUAGCAGAAGAUUAGAGAUGUUAGUUUUGGACAGAAGCCAUUCACCUUGCAUAAUAUUUAUUGCACAGAGAUGGAUAUUGAAAACAUAUUUUGAGAGCUUUCAUUUUGGUUUUAUUUGAGCUAUUACUCUAGAAAUGCCUUCAUUUGAAUAUUAUGGUUUAAGAGACCGUCAAAUUUAACAGUAAUGCAUUUUAAAAAGAUUAUUGGUUCUCCUGAUGUGUUCAAGGCAGAGAUGAAAACUGAAUUAAAAUGUCUUAUUUACAAGACUGUAACUGGAAAUAAGGUAUGUAAAUCUUAAGGGUGAUGAUAAGUUACGUAGUAAAAGUGAACAGCCAACAAACCAAAACCCAUUGAAUUUUAUUUGUUGUAACCGGAUUGUGUCCAGAAAUUAUUCUGUGGUGCUAUCCCAGGAAUAAUUCCAGGUGUUGGAAAACCUACAGUAUAAAUAGACAAGACCAUGUAAAGAUAAGGGAGAGAAAAAAGAGCAGAAAAGAGAAACAACUUGUCCAAGACUGUAAGGAAAACCAACAGCAGGACCAAGACCAGAAAUUACAAUUCUGAAGUUUCCCAAUCUGUGGCUUUCUCCAUAAACCUCUGGGGAUUUUUUUUUUUUUUUUUAAUCUUAGGAGCACACAAAUCUCUCCACACUCCCAGCUGUCAUUGUGCUGCACAGAACGGUCACUCUUUUAUCACCAGUGAGAUUUUCUGAGUCAUUCCUACACUGGACAGUAAUAUUCAGUUUUCAUUAGCUCAGAUACUGUGGUAUGUUUGGCUAUCACAGGAUGCAAAUGGCUUGGAUAUCAAAGUAUAUUUUACUGUCUUUGCAUUCCCUGGCAUUUUCUCUGUAAUUCUGGGAAAUUAAUGAAUUUUACAAGAACCCUUCUGCUGGUGCCCCACAUUUGUGCAGUGCAGGUGUCAAAACAAGGUGUCUGUUGGAUUUCGGGUCUACACAGCUGAUUUUAGCCACCUAGAAGGAGCUCCCUCAGUCAUCUGAGCUCUCUCUGGCUCAGGGAGGAGAUAUGACUUAAAGGCUGAGUAGGUUUCUGAAGAUCUUAGCUCAGAAACCUCACGUGAAUAGCUUCAGCACAGGUCUCUAACCAAACACUCCUUUUAUUCUCUUGUCUCACCCUGAAGUACAACAUAGAGUCACUUUAUUCAAUACAGGGUGCAGAGCAAUGCUGGAUAAUGAACCUUCACUGUGGUUGAUAAAAUGAGUUGUUUACUAACCAGCUGUGGCAGCCCAGCAUUAAUUAAAACACAGUAGUAGUGGUUAGCACAGACUUAUGCACACUGUCACAAUGGAUUGUGACUUCUGAAUUUCUAAUGAAUUUCUAAAUUUCUAAAUUUCUAAUGAACUUCUGAAUUUCUAAACCAUGACUUUAAAACCUGGACCAGAUUUGAUACGUGCUCUGGAAGCAACACUGACCACCAGCUUCAGGGGGCUUCAGUUUCUUCUGUGGGUUUCUCAAAAACCUAAAAACUGACUCAACUCUUUCUUCCAAAGCUCAGAUUCCCAUGUUAUCACAAGAUUCCAAGAGCAGGAGAUUUAGCAAAAACAUUAAUGCCCACCACAUACAAUAGCAAACACUGGUGAUCCUGCUUAUCUCUGAGAAUCAGCAUGAAGAGAGUCACCCAGUGUCUGGCAGUCUAGGACACGACCUUGGGUGAGUCCAAAGCUCAGUGGUUGCAUCAUUCAUCCUCUCAACACUGCUACAAGGGACACCAACACAAUUCACAUUAAAUGUAAGUGUAGCAUUAUCAACAAAUGCUGAGUACCUGCCAAGAUCUUGCCCUGGUGGAAUAAAUAAUCUCAUAUCAGCAGCAAAAAAUGUAAUCUCUCCCCUUUCAGUGUUUUUAAUGCUUUUCUUGCUUAACUACAGAUACUAUAUUAACAUGCACUGCCACUUGGAGAACCAGUCAGUAAGCUGGGACAGAAGGUAUUUUAUAUUUUAUGACUGAAGUAGUUUCUCUCCAAUCCCUAGAGCUGUUGAAUAAUGCAAUAAGUCUUCUGGCAAUAAAUGAUGAACAUGAUUUAUGAUAACUACGCUUUAUACAGGUGUCAAAAAUCUGCUUUGUUGAACUUCCCUUCCCAUUCCUCCAAGCUCCACUGUAAUUUAGGAACACCCAAGGUACAGAGUUGUAUAUUUAUCUAAGUUCUUCAAUAUACAGUUGUGGAGAAAGAGAGAAUGGAAAGAGGGAGAACUUUAUGUUUAGUGCAUUGAUUAGUCAAGUGAUAUGACUCAGUCAUUACCAUAUACCACUGUUAGGGAGGAAUUUCCCAUCAUAUAUUUAUGUUAGAGAAACCAAAGGUUAUUAUCUCAGCAUAAGUGUUACCAUGCCAAACUUUGCUUAGUACCGUAUUUCUGUAUUAUAUCCAAAAAUUGUAUGGUCUUGUCAUAUCUCUGAAGUGAUCAAUGUUCCAUGGAGUGAGCUAAAACCCAGCUUCAAUUUAAGCAUGCUUAGCUUAAACUGAAGCAGAAAGAUAACUUGCUGAAGUUCGAGAUCACGGGGUGGGUGUGUGUGGGUGUGUUUGUGUGUGUGUGGGUGUGUACAUUUACAUGUGUAUGUUGUCUGUGUUCUGUCCCAACCCAAAUUCAGCCUUUUCCAUGACUAACAUUUCAGGAGGCACCUUAAUCUAGCUAAAGGCAGCGAGGUCUUUGCAAUAACUAGGCAAUACUUUUCCUUCCACAGGACUGAUUACCCAUCCUGCAGAUCAUGCUCACACCGAAAUUCAAACUGCAUAUUUGUCAGUUUUCAAUUCAAAUGUAUUUCAGAUAUUUUUUCCUGUUCCGCCUCCUGCUUUUGUGAACUGUUUUGAAGAGUGUAAUAAAAAGAUGCUUUCUAAUAUUAUUUUAUCAAAAUAUUUUUGUAGCAUAAUAUAUUAAUAAAAUGUUAUAAUAAAUCCAUAGCGCAAUAAUCUUGUGU